GUGGAGAUGUGCGCGGCGGGGAGGCGCUGGGGCCGGCGGCAGCGAGCUCUGCUCUGGGCCGUCCUGCUGGCGGCGUGGGAGGCGGCGUGGGGGCAGCUGCGCUACUCCGUGCCCGAGGAGAUGCCCAAGGGCUCGUUCGUGGGCGAUGUGGCCAAGGACCUGGGGCUGCAGCUGCCGGAGAUCAGGGACCGGAGCGUUCAUAUCUUGGACAAAGGUAGGACGCAGUAUUUCGCUUUGCACGGGAAUACGGGACAUUUAGUGACGGCGGAGAGGAUCGACAGAGAGCAGCUGUGCGACAGUGUGCAGCAAUGCGUGCUGCGCUGUGAGGUGAUAGUGGAGGGACAGAUGCAGGUUUAUGGGAUCCAAGUGGAAAUCACGGACAUUAAUGACAACUCUCCGAGCUUUCGAGAGGCAGAAACAGCGCUGAAAAUAAUCGAAACGACAGCCCCGGGUUCGAGCUUUCACCUUCCAGACGCUCAUGAUCCGGACUCGGGCCGGAAUUCCCUGCAGAGCUACGAGCUGAGCGGUGACGAGCACUUCUCGCUGGCCGUGCAGGCGGGCCCCGGCGGCGAUCAGCGUCCCGAGCUGGUGCUGGCGAAGGCGCUGGACCGGGAGGAGGCGGCGUUUCACGAGCUGGUGCUGAGGGCGAUGGACGGCGGCGAUCCAGCACGGACGGGCACGGCUCGGAUCCGCGUGACGGUGCUGGACGCGAACGACAACGCGCCCGUGUUCAGCCAGGCGGAGUACACGGUGCGUGUGCCCGAGGACGUGCCCGUGGGCUCUGUCCUCGUCACCGUUACUGCAAAUGACGCCGACGAAGGGUUAAACGGCCACAGGCAAUAUUCCUUUAAGAAAAUCACAGAGAAAGCCUCGCAGAUUUUUCAGCUGGACCUCGACACGGGAGCGAUCGCGUUGACACGUAACUUAGACUUCGAAGACGUCAAAUGCUAUGAGCUGGACGUACAGGUUCGAGACGGCGGGGACCUUUCCGACAUAGCAAAAGUCGUGGUCACUGUGACAGACGUCAACGACAACGCACCUGAACUCACAGUAUCGUCGGCCCUGGUUGAGAUCUCUGAGGAUGUUCCGCCCGGAACCGUGGUAGCUCUGCUGCAUAUGCGGGACCAGGACUCAGGGGCCAACGGAGAGGUGCGCUGCUCGCUCGAUGGGAAUGUCCCGUUCCGCCUGGAGAAGUCCUUUGAUGAAUACUAUCGUAUCGUGACCGCGAGAGAGCUGGACCGGGAGCAGGUGUCGGAGUACAACGUGACGGUGCGGGCGGCCGACGGCGGGUCGCCGCCGCUGCAGAGCAGCGCGGUGCUGGCGCUGCGGGUGCUGGACGUGAACGACAACGCGCCGGUGUUCGCGGAGGAGCGCUACAGCGCGCGGCUGGCGGAGAACAACGCGGCGGGCGCGCUGGUGCUGACGGUGCGCGCCACGGACGCGGACUGGGGGCAGAACGCGCGCGUGCGCUACCGGCUGGCGGAGGGGCGGGUGCGGGGCGCGCCGCUGUCGUCGUACGUGUCGGUGCAGGCGGAGACGGGCGCGCUGUACGCGCUGCGCUCCUUCGACUACGAGCAGCUGCGCGAGCUGCAGCUGUGGGUGCGUGCGGAGGACGGCGGCGCGCCGGCGCUGAGCAGCAACGUGUCGGUGCGGCUGCUGAUCGUGGACGAGAACGACAACGCGCCGCAGGUGCUGUACCCGCCACAGGCGGCGGCGGCGGCAGCGGCGGGCUCGGGCGCCGUGUGGUCGGGCGUGGAGCUGGCGCCGCGCUGGUCGGAGGCCGGCGCGCUGGUGGCCAAGGUGGUGGCGGUGGACGCGGACGCGGGGCAGAACGCGUGGCUGUCGUACGAGCUGGCCAAGGCCACGGAGCCGGGGCUGUUCCGCGUGGGGCUGCACAGCGGCGAGGUGCGCACGGCGCGCUCGCCGCUGGCCCGCGACGCGGCGCGCCAGAGCCUGGUGGUGCUGGUGAAGGACCACGGGCGGCCGGCGCUGUCGGCCACGGCCACGCUGAGCGUGGUGCUGGCCGAGAGCGUGGCCGAGCUGCUGGCCGAGCUGGGCAGCGCGGCCGACGAGGCGGCGGCGCCGGGCGAGCCGGCCGCCGGCCUGACGCGCUGGCUGGUGCUGGCCGUGGCCGCCGUGUCGUGCCUCUUCGUGGCCUUCCUGCUGCUGCUGCUGGCGCUGCGCCUGCGCCGCUGGCGCCGCCAGCAGCUGCUGCCGGCGGACAGCGGCGCCCUGCGCGGCGUGCCCGUGUCGCACUUCGUGGGCAUCGACGGCGUGCGCGCCUUCCUGCAGUCCUACUCGCACGAGGUGUCGCUCACGGCCGACUCGCGCAAGAGCCAGCUGCGCUUCUCGGCCGGCAGCUGCUGCGACACCCUCCCGGCCCGGCCGCCGCCCGACGAGCCCGCGCCGCUGCUCGGGGACGACGAUCUUGCCGGCGCCCUCCCCGCGGAUCCCGCCCCUUCCUCGGUGGUCAUAAUUGUUGGCGCGGCGGCGCCUCCGGGUGCCGCUGUUGGCCGCCGCCGAGCGGCGCUGGAGCCGCCGCCGCCGCCGCCGCAGCGUCCUGCCCCCGCAGGCUGCUCGCUCGCCCGGCGCCGGCCACAGCGGCAGCGGCUCCGCCACCAGCAGCAGCAGCAGCAGCGGCGGCGGCGAGAGGCGUCCCGAGCGGGCUGGCUGCGCUGCGGCGGCCCCUGCGCUGUGUGGCGAGAGCGGCUGGAAGGGAGGCAGGGCAGCGGCGGGAGGCAGGAGCGCGGCGAGCGCAGGCGGCGGAGAAUGGCGGUGAGGCGGCGGCAGAGGCGCGGGCCGGGCGGCGGGCGAGCGCUGCUGGCCGCGCUGCUGCUGUGCGUGUGGUGCCGGGCGGCGGCCGAGCGGGUCCGCUACGCCAUCCCCGAGGAGCUGGGCAGAGGCUCGCUCGUGGGGCCGCUGGCGCGGGACCUGGGGCUCAGCGCGGACGAGCUGCCGGCGCGCAAGCUGCGGCUGAGCGAGGAGAAGCAAUUCUUCACGGUGAAUGAGGAGAACGGGAACCUGUACGUGAACGAGAGGCUGGACCGGGAGGAGAUGUGCGGCGAGUCGGCGACCUGCUCCGUCAGCUUCGAGGCGCUGGUGCACAACCCGCUGAAUGUUUUCCAUGUCGAGGUGGCGAUCGAGGAUGUGAAUGACAACUCCCCAGUCUUUAGCAAGGCUGUUCUGGACCUCGAGAUCGGUGAAUUAAUCCCUCCCGGUGCUCGGUUUCCCCUGGAGAUGGCGCGAGAUGCAGACUUAGGAAGCAACUCGCUGCUGACUUAUCAGCUCACCAGCAACCCGUCGUUCUCGCUAUCUUUGCACGAAAAGCCAGGUGGAAAGAAGCAGCCAGAAUUAGUGCUGGAGAGAGUGUUGGACCGGGAGAAGCAGAGCUCCUUUGACUUGGUACUGACGGCAGUGGAUGGUGGGGAUCCCGCUAGGUCCGGAACUGUCCAGGUUCUUAUCAACGUGACAGAUGCCAAUGACAACUCGCCCGUGUUCAGCAAAAGCCUCUACGAGGCGAGAGUGGAAGAGAAUUUGCCAGUGGAGUCAGUAGUGCUGCGGGUACGGGCGACGGAUGCUGACGCAGGCUCUAACGGGCAGGUAUCCUACUCCUUUGGCAGCGUCCCAGACGCCGUCCGGGUGUUGUUCACUAUCGACAGUGAGAGCGGGGAAGUUAGAACAGCGGGUCCUCUCGAUUUCGAGGAGAAGAAUAAAUACAUCUUUGGCGUAGAGGCAAGAGACGGCGGCGGGCUUACCAGUCACUGCGAAGUGCAGAUUGACAUCACCGACGAGAAUGACAACGCGCCCGAGAUUACGAUUCUAUCCCUGUCGAGUCCCGUGCCCGAGGAUGCCCCGAGUGGCACCGUGGUGGCCGUGCUGAAAGUGCGGGACAGAGACUCCGGUGAGAACGGUCAGGUGUCGUGCGAGCUGUCGGGAGAGGCGCCGCUGUCGAUCGUGGCGUCCUCGGGCGGCUCGUACAAGGUGGUGACGGCGGGCGCGCUGGACCGAGAGCAGGCGUCCGAGCAUCGCGUGACGGUGGUGGCCCGGGACCGGGGCAGGCCGGCGCUGUGGAGCAGCAGGGAGCUGGUGCUGGAGGUGUCGGACGUGAACGACAACGCGCCGGUGUUCGAGGAGGCGGCGUACAGCGCGUACGUGGCGGAGAACAACGCGGCGGGCGCGCUGGUGCUGCGCGUGCAGGCGCGGGACGCGGACGCGGGCGCCAACGGGCGCGUGAGCUACUGGCUGGCGGGCGGCAGCGCGGGCGCGGCGGGCGCGGCGCCGCUCGUGUCGGUGGAGGCGCGGAGCGGCGCGCUGUACGCGCAGCGCUCCUUGGACUACGAGCAGUGCCGCGAGUUCACGGUGGCGGUGCGGGCGCAGGACGGCGGCUCGCCGGCGCGCAGCUCCACGGCCACGGUGCGCGUCUUCGUGCUGGACCGCAACGACAACGCGCCGCGGGUGCUGUGGCCGGCGGCGGCGGCGGCGGCGGCGGGAGAGGCUGCGGGAGGGGCGGCGGCUCCUUUCGAGGUGGUGCCGCGUUCUGCCGAGGCCGGCUACCUGGUGGCCAAGGUGGUGGCGGUGGACGCGGACGCGGGGCGCAACGCGUGGCUGUCGUACGAGCUGGUGCAGGCGUCGGAGCCGGCGCUGUUCCGCGUGGGGCUGCACAGCGGCGAGGUGCGCACGGCGCGCGCCGUGUCCGAGCGGGACGCGGCCAAGCAGCGGGUGGUGGCCGUGGUGAAGGACCACGGGCAGCCGGCGCUGUCGGCCACGGCCACGCUGCACGUGGUGCUGGCCGAGAGCUUGCAGGAGGCGCUGCCGGAGCUGAGCGAGCGGGCGGCGGGCGCCGAGGCGGCGGCGGCGGCGGCCGAGCUGCAGUUCUACCUGGUGCUGGCGCUGGCGCUGCUGUCGGCGCUCUUGGUGCUGAGCGUGGCGCUGGCCGUGCUGGCGCGGCUGCGGCGGGCCGGGCCGCCCGCCGUGCUGCGCUGCCUGGGCGCGCAGCGCUUCUCGCUGGCCGGCGCCGCCUUCCCGGCCGACUUCUGCGAGGGCACCUUGCCCUACUCCUACAACCUGUGCGUGGCGGCGCCGGCCCGCGCCGUGCCCGAGGCCGCUUGGCCGCCACCGCCGGUGCCCAUCCUGUCGGCGGAGGAGCUUCUGGGCGGGGAUUCCUGCGAGAAGCCGAGCCCGAUGAAGAACAGCUUUUUGGGGGAGCCGCCCGCCGAAUCUGCUCUACCGCAGCUGCCCGUGUGCAAGGCAGGGCGGGCAGCGCUCGGCGCCUGCAGUGCCGGGAGGAGGCUGCGGGCGCCGCUGUUGACCGAGAGGAGCGAGAGGGAGCUCGGAGCGCUGCAGCCCCGCCCGCUGCGGAUCGGCUCGGCUGCUCGCUCCCUGUCCGAUCCUGCGAUGUGCGCGGCGGGGAGGCGCUGGGGCCGGCGGCAGCGAGCUCUGCUCUGGGCCGUCCUGCUGGCGGCGUGGGAGGCGGCGUGGGGGCAGCUGCGCUACUCCGUGCCCGAGGAGAUGCCCAAGGGCUCGUUCGUGGGCGACGUGGCCAAAGACCUGGGGCUGCAGCUGCCGGAGUUUCGAGACCGGGGCAUCCGUGUUGUCUCUGAAGGUAAUAUGCAGUAUUUCACUGCGAAGGGAAAGACGGGACAUUUAGUGACAGCAGAGAGGAUUGACAGAGAGCAGCUGUGCGAGCGUGUGCAGCAAUGCGUGCUGCGCUGUGAGCUGAUAGUGGAGGGGGAAAUGAAGUUUUAUGAAAUUGAAGUGGAAAUCACAGACAUUAACGAUAAUGCGCCUAGCUUCAAGGAGGCUGAACAGGAAGAGAGAAUAAGCGAGAUGACAGCCCCGGGGUCGCGGUUUCCCCUGGCCGAGGCUCACGACCCUGAUGCGGGCCGGAAUUCCCUGCAGAGCUACGAGCUGAGCGGUGACGAGCACUUCUCGCUGGCCGUGCAGGCGGGCCCCGGCGGCGAUCAGCGUCCCGAGCUGGUGCUGGCGAAGGCGCUGGACCGGGAGGAGGCGGCGUUUCACGAGCUGGUGCUGAGGGCGAUGGACGGCGGCGAUCCGGCACGGACGGGCACGGCUCGGAUCCGCGUGACGGUGCUGGACGCGAACGACAACGCGCCCGUGUUCAGCCAGGCGGAGUACACGGUGCGUGUGCCCGAGGACGUGCCCGUGGGCUCCACACUUCUCACUGUAACGGCCACGGACGCGGAUGAGGGUCUGAAUGGACACCUGAAAUACUCGUUAAAGAAAAUAACAGAAAGAGCUUCAAAGAUAUUCAAUCUGGACUCUGAGACUGGUGCGAUCACUCUGCUGAGAAGCCUGGACUUCGAGGAAGGCGAUUCGUACGACCUGGAGGUGCAGGCACGGGACGGAGGACAGCUUUUCGACACUGCCAAAGUCGUGAUCACCGUCACAGACAUAAACGAUAACGCACCAGUGAUUUCUGUACGGUCAGCGCUAAGUGAGAUUUCUGAGGAUUCCCCGUCUGGGACCGUGGUCGCCCUGCUGCAUGUGCAUGAUCGCGACUCGGGGGCCAACGGAGAAGUGCGGUGCUGGCUGGACAGGGAUGUCCCGUUCCGGCUGCAGAGCUCUCACGGCAGCUACUACCGCGUGGUGACAGCGAGAGAGCUGGACCGGGAGCAGGUGUCGGAGUACAACGUGACGGCGCGGGCGGCCGACGGCGGGUCGCCGCCGCUGCAGAGCAGCGCGGUGCUGGCGCUGCGGGUGCUGGACGUGAACGACAACGCGCCGGUGUUCGCGGAGGAGCGCUACAGCGCGCGGCUGGCGGAGAACAACGCGGCGGGCGCGCUGGUGCUGACGGUGCGCGCCACGGACGCGGACUGGGGGCAGAACGCGCGCGUGCGCUACCGGCUGGCGGAGGGGCGGGUGCGGGGCGCGCCGCUGUCGUCGUACGUGUCGGUGCAGGCGGAGACGGGCGCGCUGUACGCGCUGCGCUCCUUCGACUACGAGCAGCUGCGCGAGCUGCAGCUGUGGGUGCGUGCGGAGGACGGCGGCGCGCCGGCGCUGAGCAGCAACGUGUCGGUGCGGCUGCUGAUCGUGGACGAGAACGACAACGCGCCGCAGGUGCUGUACCCGCCACAGGCGGCGGCGGCGGCAGCGGCGGGCUCGGGCGCCGUGUGGUCGGGCGUGGAGCUGGCGCCGCGCUGGUCGGAGGCCGGCGCGCUGGUGGCCAAGGUGGUGGCGGUGGACGCGGACGCGGGGCAGAACGCGUGGCUGUCGUACGAGCUGGCCAAGGCCACGGAGCCGGGGCUGUUCCGCGUGGGGCUGCACAGCGGCGAGGUGCGCACGGCGCGCUCGCCGCUGGCCCGCGACGCGGCGCGCCAGAGCCUGGUGGUGCUGGUGAAGGACCACGGGCGGCCGGCGCUGUCGGCCACGGCCACGCUGAGCGUGGUGCUGGCCGAGAGCGUGGCCGAGCUGCUGGCCGAGCUGGGCAGCGCGGCCGACGAGGCGGCGGCGCCGGGCGAGCCGGCCGCCGGCCUGACGCGCUGGCUGGUGCUGGCCGUGGCCGCCGUGUCGUGCCUCUUCGUGGCCUUCCUGCUGCUGCUGCUGGCGCUGCGCCUGCGCCGCUGGCGCCGCCAGCAGCUGCUGCCGGCGGACAGCGGCGCCCUGCGCGGCGUGCCCGUGUCGCACUUCGUGGGCAUCGACGGCGUGCGCGCCUUCCUGCAGUCCUACUCGCACGAGGUGUCGCUCACGGCCGACUCGCGCAAGAGCCAGCUGCGCUUCUCGGCCGGCAGCUGCUGCGACACCCUCCCGGCCCGGCCGCCGCCCGACGAGCCCGCGCCGCUGAUCGGGGACGAGGAUCUUGCCGGCGCCCUCCCCGCGGAUCCCGCCCCUCCCUCGGCCAUCACCCAGAGGAACCUGCUGGGCAAUCAUCUGGAGGCUGUGAAAUGGCUGAGGAACAGGCUGGAGAGUCACCUCCAAAGAGUUACAGACAGUGGCUCCAUGUCCCGUGGCGCGGCGGCGCCUCCGGGUGCCGCUGUUGGCCGCCGCCGAGCGGCGCUGGAGCCGCCGCCGCCGCCGCCGCAGCGUCCUGCCCCCGCAGGCUGCUCGCUCGCCCGGCGCCGGCCACAGCGGCAGCGGCUCCGCCACCAGCAGCAGCAGCGGAGGCGGCGAGAGGCGUCCCGAGCGGGCUGGCUGCGCUGCGGCGGCCCCUGCGCUGUGUGGCGAGAGCGGCUGGAAGGGAGGCAGGGCAGCGGCGGGAGGCAGGAGCGCGGCGAGCGCAGGCGGCGGAGAAUGGCGGUGAGGCGGCGGCAGAGGCGCGGGCCGGGCGGCGGGCGAGCGCUGCUGGCCGCGCUGCUGCUGUGCGUGUGGUGCCGGGCGGCGGCCGAGCGGGUCCGCUACGCCAUCCCCGAGGAGCUGGGCAGAGGCUCGCUCGUGGGGCCGCUGGCGCGGGACCUGGGGCUCAGCGCGGACGAGCUGCCGGCGCGCAAGCUGCGGCUGAGCGAGGAGAAGCAAUUCUUCACGGUGAAUGAGGAGAACGGGAACCUGUACGUGAACGAGAGGCUGGACCGGGAGCAGAUGUGCGGCGAGUCGGCGACCUGCUCUGUCAGCUUCGAGGCGCUGGUGCACAACCCGCUGAAUAUUUUCCAAGUGGAGGUUGCGAUCGAGGACGUGAAUGACAACUCCCCAGUUUUCAGCAAGGCUGCUCUGGACCUCGAGAUCGGUGAAUGGACGCUUCCCGGUGCUCGUUUUCCCUUGGAAAUGGCACGAGAUGCAGACUUAGGAAGCAACUCGCUGCUGACUUAUCAGCUCACCAGCAACCCGUCAUUCAGUUUGUCAUUAAAAGAGAACCCCGGUGGUAAAAAGCAGCCGGAAUUAGUACUGGAGGGAGCACUGGAUCGGGAGAAGCAGAGCUCCUUUGAAUUGGUGCUCAUAGCUGUGGAUGGCGGGGAACCUGCGAGGUCUGGGACUGUCCAGGUUCGCAUCAACGUGACAGACGCAAAUGACAACCCGCCCGUGUUCAGCAAAAGCCUCUACGAGGCGCGAGUGGCAGAGAAUUUGCCAGUGGGGUCUGUGGUGCUGAAAGUAGCGGCUACGGAUGCGGACGCGGGCACCAACGGGCGAGUCUCCUACGCAUUCGGCAAUGUCCCUGAUGACGUCCCUUUGUUGUUCACUGUCAACAGCGACAGCGGGGAGGUCAGGACGUCGGGUCCCCUCGAUUUUGAGGACAAAAGUAAAUACAUCUUCGCCCUGGAGGCAAGAGACGGCGGCGGGCUUACCAGUCACUGCGAAGUGCAGAUCGACAUCAUCGACGAGAAUGACAACACCCCGGAGAUCACGAUUCUGUCCCUCUCGAGCUCCGUGCCCGAGGACGCGCCUGCCGGCACCGUGGUGGCCCUGCUGAAAGUCCGGGACCUGGACUCUGGGGAGAACGGUCAGGUGUCGUGCGAGCUGUCGGGAGAGGCGCCGCUGUCGAUCGUGGCGUCCUCGGGCGGCUCGUACAAGGUGGUGACGGCGGGCGCGCUGGACCGAGAGCAGGCGUCCGAGCAUCGCGUGACGGUGGUGGCCCGGGACCGGGGCAGGCCGGCGCUGUGGAGCAGCAGGGAGCUGGUGCUGGAGGUGUCGGACGUGAACGACAACGCGCCGGUGUUCGAGGAGGCGGCGUACAGCGCGUACGUGGCGGAGAACAACGCGGCGGGCGCGCUGGUGCUGCGCGUGCAGGCGCGGGACGCGGACGCGGGCGCCAACGGGCGCGUGAGCUACUGGCUGGCGGGCGGCAGCGCGGGCGCGGCGGGCGCGGCGCCGCUCGUGUCGGUGGAGGCGCGGAGCGGCGCGCUGUACGCGCAGCGCUCCUUGGACUACGAGCAGUGCCGCGAGUUCACGGUGGCGGUGCGGGCGCAGGACGGCGGCUCGCCGGCGCGCAGCUCCACGGCCACGGUGCGCGUCUUCGUGCUGGACCGCAACGACAACGCGCCGCGGGUGCUGUGGCCGGCGGCGGCGGCGGCGGCGGCGGGAGAGGCUGCGGGAGGGGCGGCGGCUCCUUUCGAGGUGGUGCCGCGUUCUGCCGAGGCCGGCUACCUGGUGGCCAAGGUGGUGGCGGUGGACGCGGACGCGGGGCGCAACGCGUGGCUGUCGUACGAGCUGGUGCAGGCGUCGGAGCCGGCGCUGUUCCGCGUGGGGCUGCACAGCGGCGAGGUGCGCACGGCGCGCGCCGUGUCCGAGCGGGACGCGGCCAAGCAGCGGGUGGUGGCCGUGGUGAAGGACCACGGGCAGCCGGCGCUGUCGGCCACGGCCACGCUGCACGUGGUGCUGGCCGAGAGCUUGCAGGAGGCGCUGCCGGAGCUGAGCGAGCGGGCGGCGGGCGCCGAGGCGGCGGCGGCGGCGGCCGAGCUGCAGUUCUACCUGGUGCUGGCGCUGGCGCUGCUGUCGGCGCUCUUGGUGCUGAGCGUGGCGCUGGCCGUGCUGGCGCGGCUGCGGCGGGCCGGGCCGCCCGCCGUGCUGCGCUGCCUGGGCGCGCAGCGCUUCUCGGUGGCCGGCGCCGCCUUCCCGGCCGACUUCUGCGAGGGCACCUUGCCCUACUCCUACAACCUGUGCGUGGCGGCGCCGGCCCGCGCCGUGCCCGAGGCCGCUUGGCCGCCGCCGCCGGUGCCCAUCCUGUCUGCGGAGGAGCUUCUGGGCGGGGAUUCCUGCGAGAAGCCGAGCCCGAGCAGUAACCUCGUCUUGGGAGAGCCACCCUCCGAUCCGUAUGCACCGCAGGUCUGUAAAGCGUGA